AUGACAAUAAAGCAAAGCUUUACCAUAGAAAUGGCAUUAUUCUUCUGUCUCAUCUAUUUUCUUCUGUCAACAACUUCAGCAUUUGUUUGUGACUUCACUGAUUGCCAAGCUCUUCUCAAAUUCAAGACAGGAAUAACAGGUGAUCCUGAAGGUCAUCUUCAAGCCUGGAACGAAUCCAAUCCCUUCUGCAACUGGACUGGAAUUACAUGCCACCAGAAUCUUCAAAACCGGGCCAUCGCUCUGGAGCUUAUAGACAUGGAUUUAGAUGGAAGUAUUUCCCCAUUCUUAUCAAAUCUUUCUUUUCUCACCAGGCUAUCUUUGCAUGGGAAUAACUUCCAUGGAGAAAUUCCAACUUCCUUGGGAAUGCUCUCACAGUUAACACACUUGAAUGUGAGCGAUAAUGUGCUUGAAGGUAGCAUUCCUGCUUCAGUCCAUGGUUGUCAAAGCUUGGAAGUUCUAGAAUUGACUAAAAACACCUUCUCUGGGGUCAUUCCUGAAGAACUUGGCUGGCUGAAGAAGCUGACAGUUUUUGCUCUCUCUAAAAACAAUCUCACUGGGUCCAUACCAGCAUUUUUCUCUAACAUGACAGAGCUGAGAGAGUUGAGAUUGGCCUUCAACUAUUUUACUGGCAAGAUUCCCAUGGAGCUAGGAGCUUUAACUAAGCUCGAGAUAUUGUAUUUGCACAGGAACUUUCUUGAGGGAGCAAUACCUGCAUCAAUUAGUAACUGCACAGCUCUACGUGAAAUUUCAGUGGGUGACAAUCUAAUAACAGGAGAAAUCCCUUCAGAGAUCGGCAACAAGAUCCAGAACUUGCAGAAGCUGUAUUUUCUGUCAAACUACAUUUCUGGUAGAAUUCCAGUGACCCUCUCUAAUCUUUCUCAAUUGACAUUGCUUGAUCUUAGUUUGAACAACUUAGAGGGUGGAGUUCCAGCAGAAUUGGGGGAAUUAAAGAAUCUUGAGUUUCUUUCCCUUCAUUCCAACUUCUUAGUCAGCGAUUCUUCCCUCAGUUUUCUUACUGCCCUCACAAACUGUUCCUUUCUGCAAAAACUGCACUUGGCCUUUUGUUUAUUUGCUGGGAGUUUACCAGCCUCCAUUGGGGAUCUUUCUAAAGAUCUCUAUUACUUCAGUCUUUUCAAAAACAAUAUAACAGGGAAGGUUCCAGAUAGUAUUGGCAAUUUGAGCGGCCUGGUGUCACUAAACCUUGGGUACAAUUACUUGAAUGGAACCAUUCCAGGAUCUUUUGGAAAGCUGGGGCACUUGCAGCGAUUGCAUUUUGGGAGAAACAAACUUCAAGGCUCUAUUCCAGAUGAAAUGGCACAGACGAAAAACCUUGGCUUUCUUAAUCUUAGUGAUAAUUGUAUAAAUGGGUCAAUCCCAUCUUCUCUCAGUAAUCUCUCACAGUUGAGAUAUCUUUACCUGUCUCAUAACAACUUAUCAGGACCUAUUCCUACGGAACUCACCCAGUGUUCUGUCAUGAUGCUGCUGGAUUUAUCUUCUAACAACUUACAUGGUUCUCUUCCGCCAGAAAUUGGUCUUCUUUCAGAGUUGGGGCUCUCGCUCAACUUUUCCAACAACAACCUCAACGGAGAAAUACCUGCAAGUAUUGGGAAGCUGGCAUCUGUACAGGAAAUUGAUUUGUCAAAGAAUAGAUUCUCUGGCAUCAUACCAAGCUUCGUGGGAAGCUGCAUAUCUUUGAACUACUUAAACCUAUCCAACAACAUGCUUGAAGGAGAAGUUCCAAAUAUGGAAAGGUUUAAAAAUCUCAGCAUCAGCUCAUUGAUUGGAAAUACCGGGUUGUGUGGUGGGUCUGGACUAAAGGGUCUCCAUCCAUGCAAAGUCCAAAAGAAAACGAGACAAUCAAGGAAAUGGAAAAAAGCUGCUGGAGCUGAUGAACCAAAUCUAAAAGCUUCCCCAUCCCAUCAUUUUACUCAAAGGGAGCUAGAAAUGGCAACUCUUGGGUUCAGUGAAACCAAUCUCUUGGGAAGAGGAAGUUUUGGAUCAGUUUAUAAAGCUCAGAUUGAUGAUGGAAAAUCAAUUGUUGCAGUUAAGGUCCUUGGUGGGGAGUAUAGGCAGAGUUACAAAAGCUUUAAAAGGGAGUGGGAAAUAUUGUCCGAAUACCUUCACGAGGGUUGUUUCGUUCAAGUUGUGCAUUGUGACCUGAAACCACAAAAUGUGCUUCUGGACAAUGAUAUGGUGGCCCAUGUUGCAGAUUUUGGAAUUGGAAAGCUCAUGUUAGUUGACAAACCACAAGGAUAUUCUACCAUGAGUAGCUUCCUACGUGGAUCUGUUGGCUAUAUUCCUCCAGAAUACGGGCAGGGUGCUGAAAUAUCAGUGAAAGGAGAUGUAUAUAGCUUUGGGGUGAUGCUGCUAGAAUUGAUAACAAGACAGAGACCAACUGGAGAAAUUUUCAGAGAUGGGCUUGAUCUAAGGAAGUGGGUGGUUGCUGCAACUCCUCAUCAUAUCUUGGAUGUUGUAGACAUGUCAUUGAAGCUGGAGGCACAUUCACAUGGUUCUUUAGAAAAGCUAGAGCAAUGCUGUGAUCAUGUGGUUGAUGCAGGAAUGAUGUGCACAGAAGAGAAUCCACAGAGCCGUCCAUCCAUGUCUGUGAUCACCCGAGAGCUCCAAAAUGUUUGGAAACAAAUGGAAUUCGGCGAAUGA